AUGUACCAGACUACUCGAGAGAUUGAGGAAGUCUACGCCGGAAAUCCGAGCAACUUUGGAGUUAUUGCUGCUUUGAUCAACGCAGUAGGAAAAGUUUCUUAUGAGACCGUUGUUUAUGCACCUUUUGUUCCUGUAGCUGGAUUAUCUCCAUAUCAUCUGACAAUUCAGAACCUUCGCAGUGCAGUUGUUGCUAUGUCAAACCGAGCAACGCCACGCGAAUUGAGGGUCAUUUUCUACGAACAUAACCCAAUUCCUGGUUGCAUCUGGAACGAGGAACUCGCUGAAGCACAGCCACCUCCUGCCCUCCAUCAAGUCAGAGGACGUAGAGACAUCAGAGUUCGCCGUCAACGUGAACUUGACGCCCGUCGCCGUAUCGUCGAGAACCCCGACUUUCCGCUGCUAAUGCACUCCAUAUAUGGGAACCACCCCCAGUACAGCAAAGUCACCUUUUCAGUACUCCUUUUUGUGAAGCCGAAUUGGAAUGUGCCAUAA